GGAGAAGUUUGCGCCCAGCUCACUGCUGGAAGGGAAGGCGCCGGGAAGGACGGCCAGCCCCCCAGGCUCUGGGUGGGCUGCGCCGCGCCGCUCUCGGACCUUCCUGGGUUGGAGCGGUGCACACGCACCGUCCACACCGCACCCAGCGGCGGCCGGCCGUCUCCUGCUCAGGAGAUGCCCGCUGGAGCCUGAGCCUCUGGAGCCACCACCUGCGAACGCCCUUGGCUUCUACUGAGCCACCAUGGAGGACAAUUCAGAGAAAAUACUCCAGGUCUUAAAAGACCGUUUUCAAAGGCCCAAAAUGAAGUUCACACUUACACGCUGGUGCUUGACCCUCUUCAUCUUCCUGAAUCGCCCACUUCCGGUCCUUCCAGCCAGUUCAGAUUCCACCUACUCUCCAACACUGGAGCCGGAGCCAUUUCUCUUCCUUUUAGGAAAACAGAGACUGUUGCAGGCACAGCACAAAUGCUUUGACCGAAUGCAGAAGUUACCCCCCUACCAAGGAGAAGGUCUGUACUGCAACCGCACCUGGGAUGGCUGGGCCUGCUGGGACGAUACACCCGCUGGAACGCUCGCUGAACAGCACUGCCCAGAUUAUUUUCCGGACUUUGAUGUGGAAGAAAAAGUGACCAAGUAUUGUGAGGAAGAUGGGGUUUGGUACAUGCAUCCUGAGAGCAACAUUUCCUGGUCCAACUAUACCAUGUGCAACGCUUUCACCCCUGAGAAAAUGCAGAGCGCAUACAUUCUGUACUACCUGGCUAUUGUGGGUCAUUCGAUGUCGAUGGUCACCUUGGUGAUUUCCCUGGCGAUUUUCAUGCUGGUUAGGAGCCUUAGCUGCCAGCGGGUGACUCUGCAUAAGAACAUGUUUCUGACCUACAUUCUGAACUCUAUCAUCAUUAUUAUCCACCUGGUUGAGGUUGUGCCCAAUGGAGAGCUCGUGAAAAGGGAUCCGCCGAUGUGCAAGAUUCUGCACUUUUUCCACCAGUACAUGAUGUCGUGCAACUAUUUCUGGAUGCUCUGCGAAGGCCUCUACCUGCACACUCUCAUCGUGGUGUCUGUGUUUGCUGAGGGACAGCGCAUGUGGUGGUACUACCUCCUGGGCUGGGGCCUCCCGCUGCUGCCAAGCACUGCUCAUGCUAUUGCUCGGGCUCUGUUAUUCAACGACAACUGCUGGCUGAGUGUGGACACCAACCUGCUGUACAUCAUCCAUGGUCCAGUCAUGGGAGCCCUGGUGUUGAACUUCUUCUUCCUGCUGAACAUCAUCCGGGUGCUUGUGAAGAAAAUAAAGGAAUCGCAGGAGGACUCGUACAUGUACCUGAAGGCGGUGAGGGCCACUCUGAUCCUGGUGCCCCUUCUGGGGGUCCAGUUCGUCAUCCUUCCCUGGCGACCUUCCCACCCCGUGCUUGGGAAGAUCUACGACUUUGUGAUGCACUCUCUGAUUCACUUCCAGGGAUUCUUCGUGGCCGUCAUCUACUGCUUCUGCAACCACGAGGUCCAGGCCGCCCUGAAGCGUCAGUGGAACCAGUACCAAGCUCAGCGCUGGAAUGGCCGCCGCCGGGCCCACCGUGCGGCCAACGCCGCCGCCGCCACUGCCGCCGCCGCUGCCGCCCUGGCUGAGGCUCCGCCCAUCUACAUCUGCCACCAGGAGCCGCAGAACGAGCCCGCCGACAACCUGGGCGAGGCGGGUGCUGAGGUCAUCCCUAUGGAGGGAGGGGAGGUCAUCUCCAUGAAGGGUGCUGAGGUCAUCGCCGUGGAAGCUGCUGCUGAGGUCAUCGCCGUGGAGGGUGCUGAGGUCGUCGCUAUGGAGAUCAUUGAGCAAGAGUCAUCCGCUUGAAAUGUGACGCCAACAACAGCCUUGUGAUCCCUGUGCCCUCAUUUCCUGGGAGCAAGACCGACCCUGCAUCGCAAGUGAUCUCCAUCCUCCCAGGAGCACACAUCUCAUUUGUGAGAAGUAUCAAGUGCAUUUGUCCAUAGUGAAUCCAAAGACAGUUUUACUUGGUACUCUUGCUACUGGGAGACAGUCGAGGAAUGGAGUCUCCCUCUCCACCACCUGUGAACUCUGCAACGCCUGUGAACUCCUGUGACUACCAUCUUUCAUCCAGGACUGAGAUGUACAAAUGUCAGAGUAAGGUAAGCAAAGUAGCCGAGUAAAACAAAAAUGGACCUAGUUCAGAUCCAGGGUGCUCCUUGUUAAUCUUGAGCCAUUUCUAACCUUUGAAAAGGUCAAGUCACCAUCAAUGGUUUUCUUUUUAACUCGAAACUUUUAAAUUAGGAUACUUUGGUAUUUGGCUAUGGUUCUGAUUUUUUUAUUCCUUUUUUUAAUUUCAAUCGAUUCUGAUGUUACUCAGAUUUUUACCAUCCACAGAUACACACACAAUGUAAACUGCACAAAUUACAACUUGACCUCCUCAAAACAAAGUGACUUUCUAAUGUAGAGAUGAUUAAGUUUGUGGGGAAAAAAGACCUGCAUUUGGCAGGAAGAUGUAAGGCUUUGAAUGAAAAAAAAAAAGUCAGUUUGCUCCAAAUAUUAGAUGGUCCUAUGUGUUCAUUACUUUACUAAUACUGUGCGCUCAGCUUGGUCUUGGGCAGGUCCUGACUUCUGUAAGAAGAAACUGGCUUUCGUGUUGAAUGUGCUUUGGUUACUAACAUUUAUAAAUUGGGAGGUCACAAAGAAUCCAUCACUAAAUUUUUCAUAAAACUGCCAAAAAAUCGAAUUCCUAGUGGAAGAGAAUACUCUCUCUAAAGAGAGUUUUCCACUUUCCUAAACUCCAGGAUUUAUAAAGCAAAUCACUCGAGGUUUCUAAACCUCUUGCCCUUGGGUGCUAUCUAGCAGUAAAAGAUAAAUUUGUUUAAGAUUGGUAAUUAAAAGACUCCAUAUAACUCCAUUAACUGCUUUCCACCCAGCUUCUAAGCUUAACAAGAUCUCGGCCUUUUCCAGAAAGAUUCAGUGGGGCUAAUUAGAAAUCAGUUUGUAGUUGACCUCUUGUUUGAUGCUAUUAGUGAAACAGGAGGGGGAAAAAAAACAAUUAACCACUGCAAGUUUAACUGUACACCAACUCAUUUAACAUAAGAGUUUCUCAUUAAAAUCCAAUGUUAUAUUCCCAUACUUGUCUUUACUUUCAUAUAAAAUCUUCAAAAAUCCCUGAGUAAACCAGUAUCAUUAUGGCACCUGAGAUUAAUUUGUGAAUUUGCAACAGUACUCAGUUACCCUUAUGUAAUUUGUAUUCUAAAUGAAGAGAUAAAUCAAAGCCCUCCACAUCUCAAGUCUCAAGUAUGUGCUCUUAUGCCACUGCCUUUCAGAGAUGAUAUAGUUUUAAGAGAUGAUAUACUUUUAAGAGAUGAUAUAGUUUUAAGAGAUGAUAUAGUUUUAAGAGAUGAUAUAGUUUUAAGAGAUGAUAUAGUUUUGGAAAGACAAAAGAAAAAUAUAUUCUUUCAGAGAAAAUGUAUUUUGGAUACUAAAGUAGCUUAUGUCUCCUUUACUUGAAUGUAAGGGAGGAUUUGAAAAGAGGGUAUUUUUCCAAUCACAGUGUUUAUGUAAUAAGUGUUCCUAUUUUUGUUUACAAACAUGGAAAACAGUAUUUCUGGCAGCUCUAGUACAAAUGUGAUAACAUUUUGCUGAAAUAUUCUAAAUGCUAUUGUGCUAAUAUAGUAGUGGCUGAAUAAGAUCAAACAGCUUACUAUAGAAUUGUGCACAGUGCUAAAAAUGACAUGAAAUGCUUGCCCUGUAUCCAUGUAUGAAUUAAUAAAGAGUAAUGAUAAGCAAAA